AUGGAUCUCGGUGAACAAGGUAUUCUGCUUCCUGCUCCUUUGCGAGUAUUUGAUUGUUCAGCUAAUGAAGUUAUUUCGUUUAAAUUUGUUCGAUCGGAAAAAGAUCUUGAAAAUGAUGAAAUCGAUUUUGCACCAGAAUUCACCCAUCAAAUCUUUGGAGAAAAUGAACGAAUCUUUGGAUACAAAGAUUUGGCUAUCGAUAUUUACUGUUUAUCAUCUUCAUUGAAUUUCUACUUGAACAUUGAAUUCGCUGAAAAGAUCAAUCCAAAGAAAUAUCAACAAUUCAAAGCUGAUGACAUUGUCCAAGCAUUGAAUGAAUGGCUUCCAUCUACGACAACGACGAAUCUCGAUCAAUUCCUAUCGAAAUUAAAAACCGAACAAGAAUAUGGCACUUUUGGUGAACAAAUAUUAACGUAUGAAUUAAAAGGAGAAAAGUCAACAUCAUAUUUAAUUCAUCGUGUCAAUGAGAAUUUUUGCGACGAUCAAAAGUUUCUCGAAUGGUACACUCGUCUCGAAACCUUUCUGGUUUUCUUCAUUGACGCUGCAUCAAGAAUCGAUAAAGAAGAUCGCAAUUGGAUCAUUUAUCUUCUGUAUCAGAAAUAUCAAAAUGAGAAUAGUCAAACUUGCUAUGCACCAAUCGGAUACAUUACCGUUUAUCUUUACUAUGCAUAUCCUGAUAAAAAACGGCCGAGAAUUAGUCAAGUAUUGAUUUUACCGCCAUACCAACGAAAAGGUCAUGGACGUCGUCUAUUGACAGCAAUCUACAAUGAUUUACGAAAAGACUCACGUGUUCAAGAUAUUACAGCUGAAGAUCCGUCGGAUGAAUUCGUCGCUCUACGAGAUCUGGUUUCGCUGGAAUUAUGUCAUAAAUAUCUACCUGAUUUAUUUUCAAAAGAACCAAUGCUGAAAACUCCUCGAUUAACAAAAGAAAUGGUUGUAAAAGCACAGGAUGUUUGCAAAUUAACUAGACAAGAAACACGACGUGUUCAUGAAAUGUGUUUUCUUCAAGCGAUCAACAAGAGUGAUGAUGAACAAAUGAAACGAUUUCGUUUACUUGUCAAACAACGUCUUUUCGAACCAUUACAAUUUGAUAAACGACGUCGUCUUCAACUAGCUGAUCCAGCACUUGAAGCAUUAGCAACAGAUCCAGAAAAACGAAAGAAAUACUUAGCUACUCAAUAUGAAUAUGUGAUCGAACAUUACCAGAAUAUAAUUCGAGCAUUCAAUAAAUAUCAAGAUCGUAUCUAG